AUCAAAUGCAGUCGGUAAAGUUUGAAGUAAAAGACGGAAGAUAUGCGUUCUUUCGCAUGCGCAAUUUAACAGCGGGUUUUUGAAAGGGGGGAGGGGGGAAGAGAAGCAUAUGGCGAUGGCGAUGAUGGGAAUGCCCCUCUUCAACCUCGCCCCUGCUGUGAAAGUCUCCCGACUUUGCUUAGGAACCAUGACAUUUGGGGAACAAAACUCAUUUCAAGAAUCGUUUCGAAUUCUGGACGAGGCUUUUGCCGGGGGCAUCAAUUUCUUUGAUUCUGCGGAAAUGUACCCUGUGCCUCAAAGGCCUUCUUCUCAGGGGAAGAGUGAAGAGCACAUCGGGCGAUGGAUUAGAAAUCACAAGAUUCCGCGGGAUCAAAUUGUCUUGGCUACAAAGGUGAGUGGACCAUCGGGUCAGAUGACUUGGAUUCGUGGUGGACCUAACUUCUUGGAUGCGCAAAACAUUACAGAAGCCAUUGAUGAUAGUUUGCUGCGUAUUGGUACUGAUUAUAUCGAUCUUUAUCAAAUUCAUUGGCCUGAUCGCUAUGUUCCCAUGUUUGGGGAGACGGAUUAUGAUCCAAAUAGAGCAUUAACAACAGUGCCCAUGGAGGAACAACUUAAUGCACUUGGAAAUGCCGUGUCUGCUGGAAAGAUCAGAUUUGUUGGGCUCAGCAAUGAAACUCCGUAUGGCUUGAUGAAGUUUCUUCAGAUUGCUAAAUGUGUUGGUUAUCCAAAGAUUGUCUCUAUUCAGAAUUCUUACAAUCUGCUUUGCCGCCAUUUCGAUUCGGGCUUAGCUGAAUGUUGUCACCAUGAGAGGGUUAGCUUACUGGCUUACAGCCCUAUGGCAAUGGGUCUGCUUUCAGGGAAGUACUUAUCUCCUGGCGGUGGUCCUUUUGAUGCUCGAAUGAAUUUCUUCAGAGGGAAGUAUCCAGAAGGGGAAUCUAGAUACAACCUUUCGAAGGCUAACAUAAUUGCUGCCACCACAGCAUACAAAAAGAUUGCUGAAAAUCAUGGCCUUUCUCCUGCAUGUCUAGCAAUAGAAAUUGAACUUAGCAGGCAUGGUUUGAGCAGGUUGUGGGACAGUAGAACCAUGUUCUGAAGGUAUUCUUUUGCUUUAAUCUGUUUUGAAAGGGCAGUCGGUGGUGUAACCUCACAGAACCGAUGCUGUGAGGUGCUGGCCUUCUGGAUCUUUUGCUUUCAUAUUUUACAUGUUUAAAUGAGUACGCCAAAGUUAAAGCACAAAAUGCUAUUGUUUCCUUUCAAAUUGUUGGAUAUAAGCUUUCUUGCUGAACUUCCUUGCUAUGUGGUGCAAAUGUAAAGGCCAUUAUUACUUCCUGAGGUUUCCAACCAGCACCAUACUCUACUAUGCUCAAUUCACCAUCCAUGCCUGUUCUUAUUUUGGCUUUAAUAUGGUCUACGAUGACUGCUGUGCUUCUAGAAUUCAUGGUAUUCCAAAGCAAUCUGUGACAUACUUCACUAUACACAAUUGUAUGCUUGGCCAUUUGAGAGUUCCGAUUUGGAAUCGUAUUUUAUUUGUCCCAUAAUUUUGUCCUUUCUCAAUUUGCAGCUUUCGUUCUGAGGCAUCCACUUGUCGGUAGCAUUGUUUUUGGAGCGACCAAAUUAUGGCAGUUAAGGGAGGUGAUGGCAACAUGCAAAGUCAGUCUUACAGUGGACAUACUCCAGGAGAUUGACAAGGUUCAUGAACAGUACCCAAAUCCUUGCCCCUGAUCACCCAUGUCAUUCUGCCUAUUUUGUGUGAUGUGUCACAUGUUAAUUACUUGGACCUUUUGGGUUGCUGUUCAAAUUUUGUAGAGUAUUUUUUGUUGGUCAAUCUCUUAAGAAAGUGGCAAAUUUCUUGUGCUCCUUUUGGGUAUGGGAGGCAUUAUUGUGAUGUUUGGGGCUUUUUCUACGCAUGCUCCACAUGAGUAUUUGGCUAAAUCAGGCUUUUGCUAGUUUCUGUGUAGCUUCCCAGGAAUGUUAUCAUGAUUAGAUGCGUCAUUCUUCGCUGGAGAGACCGGUCAUUUUUGUUGUUUGUACAUUCUAGAACAAACUGAGUUACACUCGACCAUGAUUCCUUUUCAUGAUGUCCAGUGUCCUUGCACUUUUAUCCUCCCUGAUUUUUAUGACAAGCUCAUAAAGGGGCUUUGCUUAUUUAUAUGUUAGUAUAAUUUGUAUUGGAUUGCACAGUGAGCAAACUUUAGGAUUCAAACAGUUGUAUUUAACAUGUUGAAAUUGUUGAAGGAAUAUUUUGAGUGUGGCAAAUUGUCAGAUACAA